ACAAGCAAUCAGCUGUUCACAUGCUAUCACCAUGUUAUGAAUUCGCCUUGGUUGUGGUAAAUAUUUACCGCUAUUUUGAAGGCAGAACUGAGUACUUCUCUGCCUUUAUUUUCUUUCUGAAUUGAUUCAAGCAGUUUACUUUUUUUGUGCUCUCUGAUCAUAAACAAUUAACAUUUUUAAACAGUGGAAAAAAAUGAGUUUCAAGAAAAGUUCUAAUGCAAUUUCAAGAAAUUCGCAACGAUGGGAAAACUCUUUGAUUCGCUUCGAGAAAAACAAAAAUAGACGGCAAGAAAUAAAACAGGUUGAUAAAAAUUUGAACGCAUUUUGCAGAAUACCUAAGAAGACUGUUAUAAUAGGUAGAUAUAACUCAUUGGCAAACGUCGAAAAAAGUAAAAAAGCAAGAUUUAAAAUUAUUGCCGACGAAUUGCUGGAUUUAUGGACAAAAUUAAACUUUCCCAGUAUAGCUAAAACUUCAAUUGAAAGAAAAGUAGAAAAUCUCUUAAAAAAUUAUUCGAAGUUUUUAAAGCGACCUAAUGGAAAAGUUUUUGUAGUUUUUGGACAAUUGUUUGAUAUAACCAAUCCAAAUGGCAUUUGGCUGAGUGUUGAGGACAAAAAGUUGUAUGCACUUCAACAAAAUUCCAAUGGAGAUGUUGGAUACACCACUGAAAAGAAAACAAAUAUUCAUCCAUCAAAAAUUUCUUUACUUAAACCAGUCACCGUACAAAAGAAAAGUGUUAUAAAUGCAAGUGAAUCUGAUACAACAAUAUCGUCCCUGGAAGGAGAUAAUGAAUUGUAUCACCCUGAAACACCUACAAAAAGACUUAGAAAAGUCAAGUGUCAAACAAAGAUCGCAGUAGACAUGAUAGAGAAAACAAGUUUGAGUAGCAAAAAAACAACUAAAGUAUGUGAAAUAUUAGUGAAAUCAGGCAUUGAUAUUCCUGCACCCUCACAAUCUGCCGUAUAUAAAGCCUCAAUGAAAUCAGCCGAGCGAUUGGAAGCAAAAUAUAUGACAACGUUACAAAAAGAGAAUUGGUGUCUUCAUUUUGACGGCAAAAAAUUUGGAAAAAAGGAAGCGCAGGUAGUGGUAUUGUCAAAUGAAACUAAAGAAGUGCGAGUAGCGGUAAUUGUGCUUGAGAAUGGGAAAAGUGUCACAAUAUUUGAAGGCAUAAAGGAAAUUCUAGACCGAUUUUAUUUGUGGAACUCAAUUAAAAUGAUUGUAUGUGAUACAACAAAUGUGAAUACCGGGAAAAAAAAUGGAAUUGUUCAUUAUCUACAAUCAUGCUUUGAAGAAAAAUGUUUGACACCGCCACAAUAUGUUGGUUGCCAACACCAUGUUUUGGAUUUAAUUCUGAAGCAUGUAAUGAAUGAAUUACUUGUCGCAAAAGCAAUAUCACCACAUAUUCCCUACGAAAUAUUUUCAGAUUUAAUAACUGAUUUUCAAAAUCUGAAACAAAACUUCAAACAAAGCGGCGAAAAAAUGAAAAUUCCUAAUAUCAAAUGGCGCGAUGACAUGCAGUAUUUGUAUGAACUUGGACAAUACUUUAAGUAUUAUCAAAAACAUAACGUUUUUCCAUACAUUAACUUUCGAGUUUUACCAUCGCUCAGUAACGCCCGUUGGAACUCCAGAGCUAUUCUUGCAUUGCUCACAUUUAUACUCCUUCCCAAUCACAGAGCAAAACUUUUACAAGUUUGUCAAUUUAUAUGCAGUGCUUGGUACGAAGUAUGGUUUUCCGACCAACGUUUUCGCAACAAUAAUUUUGAAUGCUUGGAAGAAUCUGUGAAGCCGUUCAAAACUGCCCAUCAAUGUUUAAAAAAACACUGGGUGAAGGAAGAUUCAGCCAUUCCAAAUUUAAAACGGUCUAAUAUAUGUGCCGAACGAGCCAUUAAAGAAGUGAAAGAUUUAUAUUCAUUUUGUAAAAAUGAAAGAACCUUAAAUUUGAAAUUUAUUUCUUCUAAUGUCAAAUUAAAUAACUAAUAAAUUAAAUAAUUAAUAAGUAUAACAAAACAAAUGCAAACGAAAACAAAUAGCAAAGCGGUCAACACCAAUACAUAUAUGGCCAAUGUAUUUGUACAUGUUUGUGUGUAUAUGCGCAUAUAAAUUUUAAAAUCGUUUGGUGCGUGUACUUUUUUGAAUAAAAAAAAAACUAAAAACGCAGUUAUCAUUUUUUUAAUGUUUCUCAUCGUGUACGGGCAUGUAAAACAUAGGUUACAAAAAUAGAA